GUACACACGUUUACCCGAUAGAGGGCAGUAUUCAGCUUCAUAUUUGAUUCACGACCUAACCAGGCGACGCAGAAAAAGAAGGCGAAAGCGUACGUCAGGGGGGAACAUCGACAGAACAAAAUGGAAGAGUAUGCUAGAGAGCCAUGUCCCUGGAGGAUUGUGGAUGAUUGCGGUGGAGCUUUCACCAUGGGAGCCAUUGGAGGAGGGAUAUUUCAGGCAGUGAAAGGUUUCAGAAAUGCACCUUCAGGGAUGAGCCACAGAAUGAGGGGUAGUUUAACUGCCAUUAAGACCAGAGCUCCACAACUAGGAGGUAGUUUUGCAGUGUGGGGUGGCCUCUUUUCCAUGAUUGACUGCGGUUUAGUAAAAGUGCGAGGCAAAGAGGAUCCAUGGAAUUCAAUAACAAGUGGGGCCAUGACGGGAGCAAUUCUUGCUGCAAGAAAUGGACCAGUAGCCAUGGUGGGCUCAGCAGCUAUGGGAGGUAUUUUGCUGGCCUUGAUAGAGGGUGCUGGAAUAAUGCUUACGAGGUUUGCCUCUUCACAGUUUCCAACUGGGCCCCAGUUUGCAGAGGAACCUGCCCCCGGUCCAAUUCCCUCCUCCCCCUUCGGAGACUACAGACAAUAUCAGUGAGAGGGGCCACGCUCCUCUCCUUAUCCACUAGAUCUUUUUUAAUUCCUUGCUGAAGUUCAAAAGAAGAGAUGGAGAUGCAGAAUGCCAUCCUGUUUUGUGUUAAAUACCCACUGUUAAAAACUGUCAUGAGGAAUGAAGAACAGAACUCAACUUUAUUCUUCGUUUAUGAGACAUGUACAGAUCUGCCUUUUGCCGUUCUCAGCCUUUUCACAUGCAUCUGCGUCGCCCAGAACAGCAUUGGGGUUCAAGUUGUUUAUUUGUGGGGACGAGAUGAUUUGCUGUUUCGUUGACAUGCACAUAUCCUACCAGAUGAGCUUUGGUGGUGUUGAAUCUCAGAAAAACAUGUCACACGUGGAACAUAAUGAUAUUUGUAAAUAUGGUUAAGGCUUUUGGCUUGUAUUGAGUUAUUACAGUCUUUUUUGCCUUUGAUGUUAAAUGCUUGAGUUGGCCGACAACACUCGGCUGGCCUUCAAAUUUUAUUCAGAGUUACAGAGAAACUUCUUUCACAAGCAGAUCCAUUCCUGAAAUAUUAGUUUGUUUGAAGAAAACUUAUUUAUUUUAGAUUGUAAAGACUUUUAUCAAAUAGUUCUGUUUUAUGAGAGGGAUUUUUACAUUCAACACUGUAUGAGAAAUACUGCUAAGGAUAAAGAAUGGCACCGGCAGUUCAUUUCAGUGGAGCAACUUAAGCAAGGGAUUGAUGCAUAAUGUAUUAAAUCUGUAUAACAGAUUGUACUAUGGUACAAUAAAGACAUAAAUUGCUUAAUGUUUGCUGAA